GCUCCGUCUUCUACUCCGACUUCUCCGGGUCAGUGCAACACUGGCCCUAUCCAGUGCUGCGACACUAUCGAGAAGGCCUCGGAGGCUUCCACUCUGCUGGGACUUCUUGGAAUAAUUCUAUCUGACCCUAGCAUUCUCGUUGGUCUUACCUGCACGCCUAUCAACGUCCUUGGCCUGGGUGGUGGCUCUUGCUCUGCGCGCCCUGUCUGCUGCGAGAACAACAACUUUAACGGCAUUAUUUCUAUUGGGUGCUCCCCCAUCACCCUGUGA